AAGAGAUUUCAGUCCGUAAUACGGCUACCGACACCGGGUAGUGAGUGGCACGCUUCCCUUCCGUAUCCAAUGCCACGCGGCGGCAGCGCCCGUCCGAGCGCACCACCGCAUCGCAGCGCUGCAGCCCACCCCUCGCCGGCUGCCCGGCCUCCAUCAUUGCUGCCGCCGUCGCCGCCGCCACCGCCGUUGUCAUCUCCUACCGCGUCACCUCGCUGUUGCCGGAAUGUGACAUAAACAUUGACUCGUAAACGAGCCUCGUGCGAACAACAAAACGACUUGUGAUGAGAGUCUUGUUGACAACGAACCAGUGAUGAGCUGCUCGGUGUUGGUGGAGGCCACGAGUUCUUCGAACGUCGAAGACGAUCUCUAUACGUUCAAAGAAGAACCAGGUUCCCCGUCUGGCUUGUCAGAGCCGCAGCAGUACGCUGCGGACAGCGCGAGCGCGGGCGCGGGCGCGGGCGGCGGCAAGGCGGCGGCGCCGUGCAAGGUGUGCGGGGACAAGGCCUCCGGAUACCACUACGGCGUCACCUCCUGCGAGGGCUGCAAGGGCUUCUUCCGGAGGAGCAUUCAGAAACAGAUCGAAUACCGCUGCCUCCGCGACGGCAAGUGUCUCGUCAUCCGGCUCAACAGGAACCGUUGCCAGUUUUGCAGAUUCAAGAAGUGCCUCGCUGUAGGCAUGAGUCGCGACUCCGUGCGCUACGGCCGCGUGCCGAAGCGGCCGCGCGAGGUGGCGGGCGCGGACGGUGCGCAGGAGCUGGCGCGCAGCCUGAACGCGGCGGCGCCCGCGGCCGGCGUCGAUGGCGUGCACCCGGACGCGCUGCGGCUGAGCGUCGCGCGCGAGUUAGCCAAGCCGGUCACCGCCGCGCACCGCGCCAACAACACCUACACCGAGGAGCUGCGCCACACGCUGCUGCACCGGGCCAUCGCGCUCGAGGUCGACGACUCCGACAACGAAGGGAGCGGCGGCGAGGAGGCGGCCAGCUCGACGACGGACCGCGUGACAGACGCGCGCUCGGUGCUGUGGUACAACGUGGCGCUGCGCAUGACGCCUGCUGUGCAGCAGGUCGUCGAGUUCGCCAAGCGGCUGCCGGGCUUCCACACGCUGCCGCAGGACGACCAGCUCAUACUCAUUAAGCUAGGCUUUUUCGAGGUGUGGCUGACGCGCGCCUCGCGGCUCGCCACCGACACCAGCAUCGUGUUCGACGACGGCACCGCCAUCUCGCAGGCGCAACUCGAGAUCGUGUACGAUGGCCCGUUCGCGGCGGCCGCGCUGGGCUACGUGCGCUCCAUGGUGAAGCUGAAGAUGACGGAGGAGGAGAUGGCCAUGUACACGGGCUCGCUGCUGCUGUGUCCGCACCGCGCCGGCCUCUCCGACACCGAGCGCAUCGCCACGCUGCACCGCACCAUCAGCGACUCGUUCCACCACAUCAUACUGGCGGGCGAGGGGAGCGAGGCGAGCGACGCGUACGCGCGCACGGAGGCGUUCGCGGCGGGCGUGCAGCAGGUGCGGGCGCUCGGCAAGCGGCACAACGAGCUGCUGGCCUGGUGCCGCGACCACUGGCCGCGCCUCGUGCUGCCGGCGCUCUUCUCCGAGAUCUUCGACAUCCCCAAGUCGGAGGACGAGGACAACGCCGACCCGGAGCGCGCCGCCGCCGCGCCGCCGCUCGACGCGCCGCUCUAGACGCGCCGCCCGCUCGCCAGCCUGCACGCCGCCCCGCCGCCCCGCCGCCCCGCCUACACUCGAGCGACACGUUCCCAUGUCGUCGCAUACAAACAUCGCCGAACGCAAACAAAACGACAAAUAGCCAUAUAAAUAUCCAAUUUGAAACUAUG